GGGAAUUCAUCCUUUGAAGUUGAACUGCUGAGCUCCAGGUAUAAAUAGAGGGUGCCCGCUUGUCUACUGUUAAAGAAAACCAACCAUCAAAAUGAAGCUUACAGCCGUUGUUAUCCCCAUCCUCGCUACCAGCGCCUCCGCUGUCCUCGACAAGUGGGCUCCCUGGGGCAAACGCGACUACGCCUGCAUCAACGCUUACUCCGGCCCAACCGAAAACAGCACCAUCGCCCCAAACUGGCCAGUCGAGAUCCGCUUCAACCGCAACAGCGGUCGCUGCGACGCAAGCUUAGACCACUACCCAACCGCCGAGUACAGUCUAUGGCUGCACAACAACCCCGUCCGUCAGCCAGGGGGCUUCGUCACGUCGGAAUACCAGGUGAAACUCCAGGACGGGAUCCCCUUGGACGCGGGCAGUGUGACCUUUGAACUUCCGGAUGAUCUGCCUGAGGUUGGUGAUGACUCGGUGUGGUAUUUGCGGUUGAAUACGUAUUUGCCUACGGCGCCGCAGAUGCCUUCGUUGUUUAAUGCGCUGGGGCCGUUUAGGCUUGUUCGGUAGGCAGCUGGAAGUCAGGGACUGCUGUUGUGAUGUGCAGUAUAUGUAGGGUAUACAGAAGAGCUUAGCCUAAGUAACUAGACUCCCGAUUGAAAAUCAGACCAGUUUUCAGACACUCAAG